AAUUAUAUAUCCAAAGAUACAAGGCAAAGGAAGUUUCUCCUUAUCUUUCCAAGCUUUGACUUUUCAUUGCACUUUCUUUCUAUGUCCCUCUCACUACUUCAAUCUAUUGGGAUUGUCGCUUGAUUUAUGCUUAAGCUUCGUGGGUUUGUCACCUUGUUUUGAUCUUUUCAAGCUCAUCUAUUUGCAAAAUGGCGAUGAACACAACGAUAUUCAACAGGGAAAACUACAUUUCCUCAUUAUUAUUAUAGAGAUCGAUGAAACCUGGAAGCAUGGCAAAGAAGAAAGCAGGAACAAAGUUGUACAUGUUGCACUAAGCUUAUUAUUGCCCUUGCCAUUUGCUUGCAGUUGUUUUGGCAUAGACAUGAUUUUCUUUAGGAGCUGUUAAUGGAUGACAAGAACCCAAAGUCAAGUUCUGGGAGAUUUCGGAAUUGGUUCACGAGGAAGCACAAGCAACCUGAUCCUUACCAUUUGGAUGACCGUUCAGAUGGAGGUGAAGAUGAAGGGGAUGAUUUUAUGGAGGAUGUUUACGUUUGUUCGUUUGAGAUGGAUCCAUGCACUUCAACCAAUGAGUUAAGAAUUUUUGUGGGAACUUGGAAUGUUGCUGGAAGAUCUCCUGUAGGCAGUUUAGCAGUUGAUUUAGAUGAGUGGCUAAAACCCCAGGAUGCUGCUGAUAUCUAUGUCCUCGGAUUUCAAGAGAUUGUACCGUUGAAAACUCGAACCGUGAUCGGAGCCGAGGAUCCGACUGAAGCAACAAAUUGGAACAUGCUAAUAGGGAAAACGCUUAACGAAAACUUUGGUUGCCCUUGGUUGACACCCAUGCUAAAUCCAAUCCCAAGUGACAACUACCAUUAUGUGAAAAUUCCUGCUUCCGAAAGAAGAGCAAGUUUUAGUGGCGUAAGUGAUGCUACUCGAAUGAGAGGGAUCAGGUCAAGAACUCCACGUCAGCAGCCGACCUUGGCCGGGGUCGGGGGAAGCAAGUACAAGCUAAUGGCAAGCAAGAAGAUGGUGGGAGUUUUUAUAAGCGUAUGGAUGAAGAAGGAAUUGCUCAGGAAAUACUGUGUUUCAAACGUGAAGGUCAGUUCAGUGGCUUGUGGAAUCAUGGGCUAUCUGGGAAAUAAAGGUUCAGUUUCAGUUAGCAUGUCAAUCGAAGGAACCAGCUUUUGCUUUAUUGCUGCUCACUUGGCUUCCGGGGAGAAGACAGGUGAUGAGCGUCGAAGGAAUUACCAGGUCUCCGAGAUUUUUAGGCGAACUUCUUUUCCUCGGUCAGCCAAAGAUGAUGACAAUCCUCACCCUCUCACCAUCUUAGGGCAUGAUCGAAUAUUCUGGUUCGGCGAUCUCAACUAUAGGUUAGACUUGGGGGACAAUUCAGCUAGGAAUCUGAUAAAGAAGCAAGACUGGAAAGCACUGCAGGAAUUUGAUCAGCUUCGAAGGGAACAAGAAGAUGGAGGCGUGUUUCAAGGUUGGAGAGAGGGGAACAUCGAAUUUGCACCAACAUAUAAGUAUUCUUCAUCAAAUUGCAAUCGAUAUUCAGGUGGCCUUCCCAACAGAUCAGGAGAAAAACAAAGGACUCCAGCAUGGUGUGAUAGAAUUCUGUGGUAUGGUAAAGGAGUGAAACUUUUAUCCUACUUUCGCAGUGAGAGUAAGUUUUCUGAUCAUCGGCCAGUCUCUGCCCUAUUCUCAACACAGAUAGAAGUCAUGAAGUCUGCUAAUCCAAGAUUUGUUGACAAGGACACCAUUGUUCCUAACAUUAUGCCCCCAGAACAAAUUGGGACAAGCAGAAAUGAUGAAGAGGGCAAAUCUACAUUGCUAUCGUUGAUUGUAAAGGAUACAGAAGCAUCUUCAACACACAUGCAAAAACUGUAGAUAAACCUUAUGAGAGUGGGUUCAGCUGGCCUUCAGCUAAUAAUUAUCACUGCAGGCCGGCUUUGAGGAGGCACAAUUAUUUCAUAAUCUUCUUUCUUUUUUUUUUUGGGACAAGGUUAAUGACUUGGUUAUGAGUUAGAUCCACAUGCGAAAACUAGUGUUUAUAAUUCAAUAAAUGUAAGUAGAAUCGAUCAAGAAUUGAACAUUGAUUGAGAACUGAGAUA